UCUGUUACGCGGGAACCACAAACUGAUACAAAAUAACCAGCGCAUCACCUGCUACUGUUCUUCCCGCUUUCACAGCGUUUACGUCGUCUGAUCAAGCGCAGAGAACUGCACCGUCUUUUACAGGUGUUUUUGUUGCCACUGGUUCCCAUUCUGGGUUUAGAAUGUCUCACACAGGUAAAACAGUGGUCAUCCCUCCAGAGCUCCCCGGCAUUCUGAAGCAGUUCACCAAGGACGCCAUCCGGACACAACCUGAAGACCUGCUGGAAUGGGCCACACUGUACUUCAGUGCUCUGGUCCAGGGGAAGACGUUACCUGUGAACAGGACACCAGACAAAGUGGUAACCCCCAACACCAUGGACCUCACACCUGAGGUACUCACCACAAUGCACGAAAAGCUACAUAAGAAUGGCACAGUCAGUAAGAAGGAGGUGAGCAAGCUGUGGCGGUCGUUAGGAUUGGCUGACGACCUUCUCAGACACAUCAUGACAGUGGGCUGCUUCGGAGACCAACUCGACUGGAUAAAAUUCUUCGCCCUGGGCUGCAGCUAUCUGGGAGGGACGAUCAAGAACGCCAUGACCCACGCGCUGUACAUCCUGAACUCAGACAGCUCGUGUAAGCCCCCAGACGCCUGCGUCCCCUUCGAGACCUUCCGCUUCCUUUACUCCUACCUGGCAGCGGUGGACAAAGAGGUGUCCCAGGCCCAGAUAGACCGAACCAUUACCUACUUGGAGGCUCAGGCGAAGGCGCGUGAUGGGAUGGUGAAGGUGUCGGACUUCGUCAACAGUCGUAAAGUGCGUUUGGGAUAGACUCACCCUCUUUCCCCUUUAGAACUUUGUUCUAAUAAAGAUGGUUCCAAAGAAAAACUCUGUUAUUGCAUCAAUAUCAGAGAACAGUGUUUGUGUAUAUCCUCCAUCAAUAUCAGAGGACAGUGUUUGUGUAUAUCCUCCAUCAAUAUCAGAGGACAGUGUUUGUGUAUAUCCUCCCAUCAAUAUCAGAGGACAGUGUUUGUGUAUAUCCUCCAUCAAUAUCAGAGGACAGUGUUUGUGUAUAUCCUCCAUCAAUAUCAGAGGACAGUGUUUGUGUAUAUCCUCCAUCAAUAUCAGAGGACAGUGUUUGUGUAUAUCCUCCAUCAAUAUCAGAGGACAGUGUUUGUGUAUAUCCUCCAUCAAUAUCAGAGGACAGUGUUUGUGUAUAUCCUCCAUCAAUAUCA